CAUUUUCGGCCCUCCACGUGAUGAUUUCCACUUUACUAUUUUUAUUUUCAAAAAUUCAGCACGUUCAAAAUGAUAAUCCCAAGUGUAUAUCUGAAAGGAGGGACUCUAGUGGAUCCAAAGGAUGGGGAAAAAAUUGAAGAUGUAACAGGCUGCCUCGAUACAAUUUCUUUGUGCCCAGAGUUUACCAUCGUUUAUCUUGAUAAAGUCCAGGAGACAAAAGAAUUUGGAAAGAAAGUUAUGCAUAGGACCUCUUGUUGCGUAGAAAUUGAACUGAAUUCUGAAGACGAGGUCUUAGAUAUACUGGAUUCUGGUGCUAACAGUGUCAUCCUUAACAAAGAUCACCAACUGCAUAGCCUGGGAGAAUUUUUACCCAGAGAAAGGAUUGUCUGCAAAUUACCUGAUCAAGAGUGCUCUGUAGCUGAGUUGGCCGAAGAAAUCAAUGACCUAAAACACAGAUCUAGCACUUUUCUUUUGUGUCCUAAAAAAGCUUCCCUUGCGGAUGAAUCAUGCCUUGUCGAGUCUAUAAAGGAACUAAAGACACACCUGUGUGACGAUGUGAAACUCAUACUAUCAAUCGAUGGGGUGAUUUUGUCCUCAACCAUCUCACAGCUUCACUUCCUCGGAGUUCAGGUUCAACUAAGUACAACUUGGUUGCUAAAUGAUCUCAGUCUUGGAGAGAUUAUCGCAUCCUGUCUUAAAAGUGACCGAUCUGAUGGACUCUACCCAACUCUUGUGGUAAGUCUCUUAUGUAUAUGACAUGGGUCAGUUGUGGGAGGUUUUAAGGUGCAUGUCCAGAAAAGGUAAUGAUUUACUAUGGUAGAACAACUUGAAAUGCCACCAAAUGCAGGUAAGAUGCUAGUUUAGGAUCCUUUCCCCACCACUUCUCAUGGUAAAACCCUGUGCACACCCCUCAUUGAUUUCAACCAGUGCUUGUUGAGGGAGGAGGUGGCUUGGAGAGAGGAGGGAGGGGGUGGUAUGUUUUGAAGGAGCUGAUAAGGUACAGAAAGUAAGAUAAGAUGUCAGAUGCAUGAUAGAGUCUGAAUCUGAUGAGGCAGAGGUGUGGGACUCAAUGUGAAACAUAACUCAGUGUUUUUUCUUUAAUUUUUAUUAAACUGCACACUUUUUUGUUGUCAUUCUCAGACAGAUGAGCAUAAUAUUGCAUUAGGAUUGUGUUAUUCAAGUUCUGAGAGUAUUCAAGAAGCAGUGAAAACCAAGAAAGGGGUGUAUUUUUCAAGAAAAAGAGGAUUAUGGAGGAAAGGGGAAACAUCUGGAAACCAACAGGUAAAUUCUUGAGUAUGAAAAAAAAAAAUGAUGUUUAAGUCUGAGUUGGUGAAGAAAGCAAGCUCUUACCCUUAAAGUCUACUUUUUGGAUUUUGGAAAAAGCAAACUUUGGAGCUAACUCUCUUUUUCUAACACAAAGAAUCUUUGUCUUGUCUGAGCUUAAGGAUUGAAUUUUCAAAUAAAAUUUUGUUUGCAGGAUUUAUUGCAAAUUCAUUUAGACUGUGAUUGUGAUACCCUGAAGUUUGUUGUACGUCAGCUUGGACAAGGAUUCUGCCACCUUAACACAUGGACUUGCUUUGGAGAUAACAAUGGUUUACCAUUACUGAUGAAUACAUUAAAGUCCCGCAAAGAGUCAGCUCCUCCAGGAUCCUACACAAGUCGCUUGUACAAUGAUAGUAAACUGCUGCAUGCCAAGAUCCGUGAAGAGGCAGAGGAAUUGUGUGAAUCUGAAACAAAAGAGGAGAUUACUUGGGAAGCAGCUGAUGUUUUGUAUUUCACACUAGUGAAAUGUGCCAAGGCAGGUGAGUAAAAGCUGUGUUUAGGGAAGGGGAAGAUGAGUGACAAUGAUUGUCUGCUGGGUACAUUUUUAUGGAUUGUCAAUGUCAAAGAGAAACAGAUAUCUGGAGGGGGGGCAGGGAGACAGUUUUAAGACAUUGAGGGAAUUGCUGGUUUAAGAGAGGGAAGUCUACCCAUGAAGUAAAGAAACUAUUAUGAUAAUAGUAAUGAUGAUGAUAAAAGUGUUGAGCAAAGCAAUGACUUAUUUUAGAGCUUUGUAUUUGUUUGAAAUAGAAAAUCAGAUUUUGUUGUUACAUUCCUUUUUCUUAGGAGUUUCUCUGAGUGAUAUUGAAAAAGUUCUGGAUCAAAGGUCACUCAAGGUUAGACGACGUCCUGGUAAUGCAAAACCUGGCAAAUUGUCUCCCCAUAAUGGCCAUUCUAUAACCAAGACAAAAGUACAUGCUCCUGCCCAAGCUAACUCAUCUACAGUCAGUGCACAAAACUCUGUUUUAAGAAGCUUUGAUUUUGAGCUUCUUAGUGAUAAGGAAUUACAAGAUCUUUGUAAACGUCCUGCAGUGGUUGACAAAGAGAAACUAGAAGCUAUUGUGGGACCAAUUUUGACCAAUGUGCGAACUUAUGGAGACAAGGCUUUGCUGGAAUUAACAGAAAGGUUUGAUAAAGCUAAGCUGAGCAGCCCUGUGAUCAACAUGUCUGCCACAGAUGAACCGGUUCUUGAUAAGGAGGUCAAAGAUGCAAUUGAUUUGGCUUACAACAACAUCUACAAAUUCCAUAAGGCACAACUUGACCUGGAGCCUCUUGUGGUAGAAACAUGCAAGGGUGUGGUGUGCUCUCGACAUGUUCGGCCCAUUGAAAGAGUGAGUAAACACUUCAAAAUUCUAUCUUGUGGUUAAAUUAGCUGGUAUGGUGUGCUCAUGGUAUUUAUAGCAGUUCAGCAUUGCUGAAUGAACAAUAAAUCAAUUGUAUUCCAUCUGAUAUCAGUCAAGGGGAUCUUGUUUUUCUGGAAGUUCUUUCCUCUUAUUUCAACUCAAACAGAAGUCUUCUUCAAUUUGUUUUUGAUUUAUUUGGAGGUCUGUUAAGGGUCAUGCACUGCCAAUCCCUUCAUAGUUUGCUGGUUAACAGCUCUUGUUUGAAAUUUGUUUGUUGCAGGUUGGCUUGUAUGUUCCUGGUGGUAGUGCUGUUUUGCCAUCAACUGCUCUUAUGCUGGGUAUUCCAGCCCAGGUAGCAGGGUGCAAAGAGGUUAUUCUGGCCACCCCACCCAAGCAGGAUGGUUCAGUUUCUCUUGAAAUCCUUUACAUUGCAAAGAAAGUUGGUGUCUCCAAAAUAUUACUAGCAGGUACUGAAAUUAUUGGUCAUGGAAAGAAAACAGUAUCAGAGGUUGCAUUUGAUCAGGUGUUUGUGUUAUCCUAUUGUUGAAUGCAAUAAACCUGAAUGCUUCAGGUUCAUUGAGAUUCUUAAUUUUUUCGAGGAAAAAAUUGAACCUUUGAAUUUUACUUUUUUUUUUAAGUAAUUGAGCUCAGCACCAAAGGAUUUUUAUUUUUGAGUCAGGUGGGGCUCAAGCGGUGGCAGCAAUGGCUUAUGGAACAAAAAGUGUUCCUAAAGUGGACAAACUGUGUGGUCCAGGGAACUCAUUUGUAACUAUGGCCAAAAUGUUGGUGCAAAAUGAUAGCUCAGCUUGUGUCAGUAUUGAUAUGCCUGCAGGACCAUCAGAAGUUAUGGUGUGUAAAAUCAAUAUUAGUUACUUAGUAACUCUAAGUGAAAAAGAAUCCAUUGGAGUUCUGUUAUCUUGAAUCCGAAAAAGGAUAUGUCAGAUAUAUUAAAUAUAUCUAUAAACUAAAGCCUAACCCUAAGGCCCAGAGGCUGGUCAUUGUUUCUUAGGGACCCAAGCAGGGCUUUUCAAUGGUGUCAUACACUGCCAUCGUGAAUGUAGAGGCACACCGUAAUACUUUUUUGUUCAACUACACUUAUAAUUAUUCUAAAUUUUAACUAGUUUCUCAUUUGGGUAGCAGUGAUGGGGGUUGGUGUGCAUGUCACACCCACAGUAGAGCUCUACCCCCAUCCUUCGGUGCAAAACACUCAGUAUCUUGUCUUUCUCUGGUGCCAUUAGUAAUGGUACAAUCAUUAUAUCACUUUAUUUUGUAUCCUGGGUACUCCAUGCAUCUUUGCUUCAGUUUUUUAUAUAUCUAUCUUGUUCUUCUGUAAUCAACAGGUCAUUGCUGAUGCAAUUGCAGAUCCCUCAUUUGUGGCAGCUGAUCUGUUGUCCCAGGCAGAGCAUGGAACAGACAGUCAAGUGGUGUUAGUAGCUGUUAAUUUGAGUGACAACCAGCUUGCCAUGAUUCAGGUGACAGAUUAUAUUUUUAUUUUUACCUGAUAAGUUUGAGUAUUCAGAUUAUUUGUUUGCUGGAUAAUAUAUGGAUAUUUUAGGGAGACAUUACAUGUAAAUCACUUUUUCUAGUUCAAGGGUUAAUUUGCCCUUAGGUGGUUAUUAAGUGAAAGAGCAAAACAUGGAUUUGUUUUGGCAAAAAAAUGUAGUCUUCAUAAGAUAUUUAAUUGGUGCCUCAUUAAUAUAUAGUUUAUUUUUUCAUAAUUUUUUAGAGUCAAGUGGAUGCUCAAGCAAAGAAACUGCCUCGGGAAAAAAUUGUCAGAGAGUCUCUCUCAAAGAGUUUUGUAAUAAAAGUGUCAAAUAUGAGUCAGGCUCUGUGCUUCAGUAACAAAUAUGCUCCAGAACAUCUCAUCAUUAACACAAAGGUUUGCUAAUGGGCAAGAUACUUUGAAUGUUGUUCCAAGUGUGUGAGCCCACCAGUUGUACAAACAUACCGUGGUAUAAGAUUUAAUCAUGGAUAACUGCUUUGAAGCUUAGAGUUGCAAGCAUAUUAAAAGGCAUAAUAAGAGGCGUAAGGGCUUCUUCCUGUCCUGUGUGACUCAUGUGCCUUGUAUGUUUAAAUCUAACUUAACCCUCUACACCCUAAAAUUAGUAUGCAUAUUCUCCAAACUCUUCUAUAUACAUUUCCUGUAAUAUAGUAGGGAGAGUUUGCCUGACAAUUGGGAGCUUCUUGAGUUUGCAAUCAUUUCCUUCAUUCUCUGUUUCAUUUCCUGACACUGUUGGGAGAAAUUAGAUCCUUAUCACUCCUGUGGGGUAAAGGGUUAACAGGCAAUAAGAGAAGUUUGAAGAAGCCUAUAUCAUAUAGAGGAGGGGAAAAAUUAAAUUAACAAUCACAACCUUGCUGAAAUAAUUUUUUUCCCUUUAAAUUGUUUUAAUAUCAUAUAAUUUGUUUGCUUUCUAGAAUGCUGAAGAUUCUUUAAAAGAUAUACAGAAUGCAGGGUCUGUAUUUCUUGGGCCAUAUUCUUCAGAGAGUUGUGGAGACUAUGCAAGUGGUACAAACCACACCCUUCCAACAUAUGGCUAUGCACGCAUGUACAGUGGUGUAUCAACAGCAUCAUUCCAGAAACAUAUCACAGCCCAGCAUGUAACAGAGGAGGGUUUGGCUAACAUUGGACCAGCAGUGGCAACACUUGCUGCUGUGGAGAAACUUGAUGCUCACCGUAAUGCAAUUUUGAUCAGGCAGAAACAGAUAAAUGUCUGAUUGUAGAAAUUUAUAGUGCCAUUUGAGAGUGUCAGUAUGAACUGUUACUUUUAUAAUCUAAAUAAAAUCAAUAAAAUAAGAUAAGUAUUUUCCUAGGAGUUCAAGGCUUAUUAAGCUUUAUAAACCAUUGAGGAACACUUGUUAGAAUAGAGUGUUAUGGUCUACAGCUAAUUGUACAUGUUAGUUAGAGUUGAAAAUUCUAACCUUUAAAGAGAAA